GUCGCUCGUGCGGCGCAUGUCUCGCGGAGGCGCCCAGCUCGGCUUGUCUCACCGACUCCGAAUUCGCCGGCAGGGUAGUGUGCUCCUUGCGAACGCAACUUAGCACAUCGCACCCGACCGACGUCCGAACAACGUGCCGAACUCAACCACCGACCAACACUCUUCUUUCGAGGCCUUCGAGACCUGCACAUCAGGAAAAAUCUCCUCUAAGUGUUGAAUCCGCGUUUUUUUCCGAACAGAGCAGAGCACCACGGCCGAAAAGAGCGAAGGCACUCUGGCGUUUGAGGGGUCUUCUUUCGGCAAGGUCCCUCUAAGACUUUGAUUCACUGAGACUGUCUUGUGUCAUGAUCGGCGCUAAAUACAAUCAGCCCAUCUACAGCAAUUUCUUGAGCCUGCUGCACUCUCAAAAUUUUGAAACUAGCGAGACAUGCCUCGACAUGUUCACCAAGAUGCCGCAGCAGGGAAUCCAACAGGAACAAUUCAAUGGAAUGGGAACGGAACGACCUACCCGCCGGGGGCGGAGGGCGAGGGGCAGGAACACAUGCUGGAGGGGCCGGGGUCAGCUAAGGAUGACACUCUUCACCUCAAGAGACGGCUGGGACUCUUCAGUGGGGUGGCUUUAAUUGUCGGGACCAUGAUAGGGUCCGGAAUUUUCGUGUCGCCGACAGGAGUGUUAGAUCGAACUGGUUCUGUCGGCCUUAGUUUCGUUAUCUGGAUUGCGUGUGGUGUACUCUCGCUGCUAGGUGCCCUCGCUUACGCCGAGUUGGGCACGAUGAACACGAGUUCGGGUGCCGAGUACGCCUACUUCAUGGACGCAUUCGGCCCGCUGCCGGCCUUCCUCUUCUCGUGGGUGUCCACGCUAGUGCUGAAGCCAUCACAGAUGGCCAUCAUCAGCCUCAGCUUCGGACAGUACGUCGUCGAGCCGUUCGUCGGCGACUGCGAACCGCCUGGAAUGGCCAUGAAACUCGUUGCUGUGCUCAUCAUUCUUGUGAUUCUGGUGAUCAACUGCUACAGCGUGAACCUGGCAACGGGCGUGCAGAACGUAUUCACGGCUGCGAAAAUGGUUGCCAUUUUCGUCAUCAUCUGCGGCGGAAUGUAUAAAUUGAUGGAAGGCAAUACUCAAAACCUGCGUGAUCCAUUCAAGCCCAUCUCUGAAGAAAGAGUUAGCGCGUCAGUGUCAGACAUAGCGACUGCAUUUUACACUGGACUAUGGGCGUACGAUGGUUGGAACAACCUCAACUACGUCACUGAGGAGAUCAAAAACCCAUCUAGGAAUCUGCCCUUGUCCAUAAUUAUCGCAAUUCCAAUGGUUACGAUAUGCUAUGUGCUGAUCAACGUAUCCUACUUGACUGUGAUGUCACCAGAUGCACUUCUGGAGUCAGAAGCUGUUGCUGUGACUUUUGGUAAUUUAAUUUUGGGUGUGAUGGCUUGGCUAAUCCCACUCUCCGUGGCUAUUUCCACAUUUGGAUCUGCCAACGGAACACUUUUCGCUGCUGGACGGCUGUGUUUUGCUGCUAGUCGCGAAGGGCACCUGAUGAACAUUCUCUCUUAUGUACACAUCAGGCGACUCACUCCAGCACCUGGACUCAUUUUUCACUCUCUGAUUGCGAUCAUAAUGGUUACCUCUGGCUCAAUCGGCUCUCUGAUCGACUUCUUCUCUUUCACGGCGUGGAUUUUCUACGGCGGCGCCAUGCUCGCUCUGAUUGUGAUGAGGAAAACGAAAAAGGACGCGCCGAGACCGUACAAGGUUCCGAUCGUGGUACCCGUGGUUGUGCUAGUUAUUUCGGUCUACUUGGUCAUUGCGCCAAUCAUUGACCAGCCGAGGUUGGAAUACCUCUAUGCGCUUUUAUUCAUCAUCAGCGGCCUGGUCUUCUAUCUGCCAUUUGUUCACAUUGGCUACACCUCCAAAACAAUGGAGCGCGUGACAGUAUUCCUGCAGCUGCUGAUGGAAGUGGCCCCAACGCAGUCAGUUUUCCCGGCUAAGGAGAACUAACUCAGAAAAGACGAACAGAAAAAGGAAGAGCCGAAUGAGUGUCAGAUUCACCACGCACUGCAUUUCUCUGAUAAAAAGUACUAAAUAUUUGCAUUAGUUUCCUUUCUUUCAUUGUGACACAUGAAUUACUUGUUUCAAUCUGUAUUAUUUAAAAUCCCCAACUGCACUCACACAUUUAUACAAAAUGAUUACACAAAAAAAUAAUCUCUUCUUACAAUACGACGAGAGUACAACAGGAACAAAAGAAAAGUUUGGAUUUGCACAAAUUGACUGUAUUUUUGUAAGUUUCGCCCGCUCCAUAAACACAGAUUACGAGAAGAAGAAAAAGUUUGGUUUUGCAUUUGGCUGAUUGAAAUGUGUAUAGUGAGUUACUUAUUGUGCGCUAUGCAGAUAGUUUCUAUGUGAUGACUCAAAACAUAUUGAUUGGAUUUGCAAUUGAAUUCAUUAUUCCUGUUACGAGAGAGAAAUCCAGAAAACCAACACGCUUCUAUUUCACUCCUAGCAUGGUCAGUGUUGAGCAUUGUCUGUUUAGAUAAUAAAUCACUUUCUUGUGUAGUACCUUUCGUCAAAAGGACAAAGUUGGAAUUAUGUGUCUCAAUGUUUUGUUAUUUUUUUCAAUACUCCUCAACUGCCACUUUCGGCAGGCAAUAAUUCCAAUAACGUUGUCAAUUAUCUUCUGGAUUGGAAUAAUCACAUUCAUUUCCGCCCAGGUUUAUGUUUUUUUCCAAAUUAAUUUGGCUAGUGGCUCUUCCGGAAUAAAAAUUAUUACAACAUUAACUUCCCUUCUUUUGAAAAAUUUCAGUUUCUCACCUCUUGAGAAUGGCCUAAUUUUUGUGUUUGUGAAAAAGGCGCACUCCAGCAUUUCCAUUUCUCAUAUGUUUAGACUGAAUUUUGUUCCCUUGCACUAUUUAAAUUUUCCUCCCUUCCCUUCUCUGUAAUUGUUUGAUUUUUUUACAAAUUUAGUGCUCAAAUGAACAAAGAAAACACGCCACUUGCCUGAUCCAAGUACCUCGAGAAAUCAAACCUGAUUCCAGUUGAUAAUUUUUAGCAAUUUUAAACUCAAUAAUUAAAUAAAUUAAAUUUCGUGUUAAUGUUUAGACCAUGAAUUGCUGUCUAUAGGGAGCUGUGGUAAUUAAGGAGAUGAAAAUUAUAUUGUAUAAUCAAAGCUUAUUAUAUAUCAUUAUACUAUGCAAAGGUUAUAUUUUCAAUUGCAAAUCACGUGAAUGUUGACGAAUUGGCUGAACCCGAGAUAAAACUGUUUAAAAUAUUAAACAAAACAUUAUAAUUUCUAUUGAUAAUAAUAUUUAAGGUAAUUUAAUUUAAUUUUAAAGAAUAAAAUAGGUCAUAUAUUGAUUAACAAGGAUGGGGCGUCUUCCCUGAUUUUGAUCUUGAAUUUAAUAAAAACUAUUUUGUUUCAAGGAA